AUGAUCAAUCCUUCAUUUUCCCAUAAUCGUAAUGACGCACCUAUAGAUAGUCGUACGCCGAUUGUAAAACAUUCACAACAAGCUAAUGAAUCAUCCAAAAAUACUCAACCAAAAAUGUUGAAACCUGUUUAUAAUCAAAAUAAUCAAACGAAGUCAAAUGGUAAACGUGAUCGAAUAUUUGUUGAACAUUAUUCAGACGGAUCAACUAACCAACUUGAACAAAUUCUAAGUUAUUAUCGACAAGAUCUUAAACAAGAAUCAAAUACACAAUUAGACUGUGAUAGAAAUUUAAUAACACGUCUUGUUGAUUUUAUUCGACCAGAAUAUUCUUUAAAUAAAAAUAAAAUGAAAGAUUUAGAUAUAUUAUUUAACGAAAUAUUAAAUUUAAAUGAGAAGAGAUUUAUUAAACAAAAAGAAAAAAAAAAUGAACAAGUCCAGAAGGAAAUUGCAAAUUUGAAAAAAUUAAUUGUCACAUCAGCUAACAAAGAUCAUAUUACAAAAAAUAUUUCUCAAAUAAAUUCAAUGAUUGAUUAUAAAGUAUGGAUGGAAAUAGAAGAGGAAACAAGAAAACUUUAUAAUUUAGUUGAACGACAACGAAAUCAAAUCAAUGAACUUAUCAAACUUAUACCAUUACAAGGCCAAGAUUCUUCAUUUCAUGAUAUUACGGCUCCGAUUAGUAAACCUCCAAUUGUCAAGCAACAACCAGCUGCCUAUAAUGCUAAUGUUGGAAGUACUCUUGUGACUAGAGUUCGAACUCUUGCUGGUCAACAACAAUAUUCAGGUAUCAAUGAUCCUAGUUCUUCUCCUCAAUCAACACAAUAUGAAUGUCCAAUAUGUAAACAACGAUUUUCAGGCAAUGACGAUAAAGCAUAUCGCGAACAUCUGUCGGAUUGUUAUAGUGAAUCUGAUGCGAGAUUUUAA